AUGGGUUUAAGUGGAGCCAAACCAGUGUCUACACCUCUGGAUCCUAAUCUUAAGCUAACAUCCAUUGAGUAUGAUACACAUGUGCAAGGAUCAGGAACUACUAUAUCAGACAGGCCCUUAAAGGAUGUUGGCAGAUACCAAAGAUUAGUGGGAAGGUUGUUAUACUUAACUAUGACCAGAGUUGAUAUCUCCUUUGCAGUACAGACAUUAAGUCAAUUUAUGCAUGCUCCUAAAGAAUCCCAUAUGGAAGCUGCUCUAAGGGUAGUCAAAUAUAUCAAGACAGCUCCUGGACUUGGUUUGUUUAUGCCUGCUCAAAGUUCAGAACUUCUGACUGUCUAUUGUGAUUCAGACUGGGGUACUUGUGUACAAACAAGAAAGUCUGUAACUGGAUAUUUAGUAAAAUUUGGAGAUGCACUUAUCACCUGGAAAUCAAAGAAGCAAGAGACUGUUGCCAGAAGCUCUGCUGAAGCUGAGUUCAGGAGUAUGGCUUCAGCAGUUGCAGAAAUAACUUGGCUAAUUGGAGUGUACAAGGAACUAGGGGUGACUAUCAAACAACCAGUGGAUCUAUUUCUGUGA